AUGGAUUUUGCGGGUGCAGUGGCUAGAUAUAUAUCGGUAAAGAAUGCUUUACAAAUCAUUGCUCUACUGAACAUAUCUGAAUUUAUGUAUCCUCCGUCACGGAUAAACGUUGAAAAAAGCUACGAUUAUGUGAUUGUUGGUGGUGGUACAGCUGGUUGUGUUGUCGCUAAUAGGUUGUCCGAAAACCCAAAUGUUACCGUACUCCUCAUCGAGGCUGGUGGUAAUCCACCAAUAGAAUCGGACAUACCAUCGUUGGUGUUUUAUACGAGAAUGUCACCUAUCGACUGGAAUUUCACAGUGUACAAUGAGCUUACAGGUGAAUACGAUAAAAUGAAUCACGGUAAAGUACUUGGUGGUACCAGUAGCAUAGAUUCUAUGCGAUUUAGUAGAGGCUCCGUUUAUGAGUACAACACUUGGGCGAGGAAAGUAAGGGAUGCUAAUUGGAAUUGGGAAAAUCUGGUUCCAUAUUUCGUCAAGAGCGAGAAAUUAGUGGAUGAGGUAAUACUCCAUUCACCGUCAGCAGUUUUCCACGGCUUUGAAGGUUACAUAGGACUGAAUCGUACGCCUCAUACGAUUUCUGAAAAGUACAUCAAUGCAUUUUAUGAGGUGGGAAAUCCAAAGGUUCUUGAUAUUAACACUAUAAAUAGUACCGGUUAUAUUCAACCGCUUUACAUGAUAGCUGAUGAACAUAGGCAAAGUAGUGCAUACUCAUACAUGAGAUCAAAAGUCGCAGCUCGCAAAAACCUGGAUGUAUUAAAGGAUGCUUAUGUCACAAGAGUCAUCUUUGACGAUUGCAAGGUUGCUAGCGGCGUGGAAGUUAUCCUGGAUAAUGAAGAGAAAAUAACCGUGCGAUCGCAUAAAGAAGUUAUAGUUUCUGCUGGUAGCAUUAACACUCCUAAAAUUUUAAUGCUUUCUGGCAUCGGACCGAAGAAACAUUUAGACAGUUUGAACAUAUCGAGCGUAUCCGAUUUGCCAGUUGGUGAGAAUGGACGGCAACAUAACAUCGUGUUAAGAACCUAUAAAAUGGAAUCAACAAACGAGAGAACUAGUAAAAGCCCAUACGAAUCUCCGAAUCCCGUCUUUAACGGGUUUGUAGCUUUGAAUAAAUCGCAGCCGUAUGCUGAUUAUUUGGCGUUCUCGACGCCCAUAAGAAAUAAUCCACAGUCAGUGGUCGAUUUGUGCUUGUCAAUUUUUCCCACUAAAGAGUUUGUAUGUAAAAAAAUGUACGACGAAAGCAAGGGUUCCGAGUUGCUCGUUAAUUUAAUAACAUACUUCGAUCUAAAAUCUAGGGCGAAAGUGGAACUGAGCAGUGCGGAUCCUCUUAGUCCUCCCACCAUCCGUACCAACAUAUACAGAAAUAGCAUAGACGCUGUGACGGACUUGAACAGUUUUGCUGCCAGCAUAUUGGACUUCGCUAGAGUAACAAACUCGACCCUAUUUAAAAAUGCCAAAGCCGAACUUAUAGAGUACGACAUCCAAGAGUGCCGCGAUUACGAAUUCGAGAGCCAUGAUUACCUGUUGUGUUACAUAUCUGCAAUGAUGCGUACACCAUAUAUUUUUGGCACGUGCCCAAUGGGUACUGUGAUAGAUACCCAUUUCCGUGUGAAUGGCGUGCAGAAACUUCGUGUGGUCGACUCAAGUACAAUCCCGACGGUGAUGAGGGCAGAAAUUAUUCCUACGGUGAUCAUGCUUGCUGAGAAGGCAUCAGAUUUAAUUAAAGAGAAAGCU